UAUUCUUUGGGGCCUUUGGGGCCGACUAGCACAUGCCGUUUUAGUUGAUGCCGGCCUGGAGCAUCCAAGAAGGGCAUUAAGGAAGCGCCAUGUCCCACGCCACGUACCAGAACAAAUGGGUGGAGUGCAUGCAGGAGCUCAUGGAGCAGGUACAAAUUGAGUACCUGCCCGUGGACGCCAAGGAAAAUGGCCAGCACUUCGAACCUGGGUUUCAGCACUUUGCGCUGUUGUACAUCAAGUACCUGCAGAUCUACAGGAAACUGGAGGAGUGCCACGACCAGAUGGUGCACCCGCAAAAGCGCGGCAGCAUCAAGAAGGUCUUGAAAAGCACCAUUAUCCGAAUUCUGGAGUUGAAGGAGCAGCUCAUCACCUUCAAUCUGCGGCCCUUGAAUCGCUUCGUCGCCCUCGACGAGGUUCUCACAGACCUCAAACUCAAUCCGGAGACCGUGGAAUGGAAGGUUCCAAGGUACUUCUUGGAUGGGAAGGAGUGCAAAGAAGAGAUUGAGGACAAACAGCACAAGAUUGACCACUGGCUGGGAGUCUUUGGCAUGCCUUUGGAGCCAGAUGACCUGCUGGAUAAGAAAGACCCUUUUGAGGUUGGCCUUACCACAGAUCAGGCGGUGGCCAUUAUCCAGAAGAACGAGCGCGGCCGAAUGAACAUUGUCAAAGCUGACCACCGCGUCCAGUUCUUCAAAGCGUCCAAGAAAGACGCCUCCAAAAAGCAGGAGUCUGCUGAAGAUCCUCUGGAAAGUCAGGUUCUAGCAGCAACCCGCAUUGCAGCGCACUGGAAGCGCAAGGUUGACCGCCGGCGCUUUUUGAAAAUGCGCGAGGAAGAGUUUGAAUUUCUUGGUAUGGCUCCUCCAAAGAAAGAUAAGGGAGAGACUGAUGUGAUUGCCGAGAUGCAAAAGCACAGAGAAAACAGGAAAAAGAUGCAAGAGGACGCCGAUGAUGUGUUUGAAAAGGCACUCAAGCAGCAGCUGGAAUGGCUGCAGAAAAAGAAAGGGGCUGACAUCAAGGCCGAACUCCUUGAAGAACGUCGACAGUGGAUCCUCGAGUACUGUCAGGACCCGGAGCACGGAAAGGAGUUCCCGGAGAAGUUUGAUGCAUUUUACCAGCGCUUUGACCAGAACAAUGAGGAUGAAGAAGGAGACAAAGGAAAAGAUGGCAAGAAAGGGAAGGAUGCCAAAGGAAAAGAUGAUAAAGCCAAGGGAAAAGGAGGAAAGGGUGGGAAGAAAGGGAAAGAUGGCGAUGGAGAGGAGGAGCCUUUGGAGGUUCUGUCCCCAGAUUGUCUGAGGACAACUUAGGAGAAGGAAGAAGCUGAGUUGUGGGGAAUUCUCCACGAUCUUUCAGUUCACAUCACACUCCCUAGAGAAGCUGAGAUGGAGAAUCCCGGGAUUCGGACUAGCUGGCUACCGAGUUCGCUACAGUAGUGGCUACCGAGUUCGCUACAGUAGUGCCUUAAUUCGCCUGGGGGGGGUUGCAGGUGGUGUUCGACAGAAGAGACCCUUACGACGGAAGAGACCAAAGGGGUAGACGAGUCCAUUUGGCGUCAAGUCCAUUUGGGGGUUUUACACUACCAAUCUGUUGCUUUCCGAUCCCCAUUCACCACGGGCCACGUGGGGGUUGUGGGGAGAGCCCUGAAAAGCCAUUUCGUCAGCGGUGAAUUGAUGCAAACGCCGAGGAUUUGGGGGGAGACCGUACUUAAUUGGAGACCUCUAGGGUUUUUGAAGAACCAGGGUGGACCUUGCUUUGCCCUCGCCGCAAUCGUCAGCUGGCUCACAGAAGAUGUGGA